AUGAAAGAGGCUGAUCCUGCGAACCUAGCGAGGAUGGAAGGGGGAAGAUGGACGGUUGACCUGGUCCGGCUGCCUCCCACAACCUCUGACCGUUCCCCUCCAGGACACUCAGAGAGAUCUGGUGAGUGGCAGGGAAUGGAGAUGGGGGCAUGGAGGUUUGGGGAGUGGAAACAAGGAAAUUCUGUGGCAAGAUAAAUCCCUGCAGGCUCCCUUUGCUUCUGCCUGAGUUACAGGGGGUUGGGGGGGGAGGAUGGAUGGAUGGGGGGGAGGGAACCCCCCCCCAAGUGAGCAGAAAAGACACAGGGGGGAGAAAAGGUAAGAAGGUCUUGACUGGAAUAAGGGAGGGGAAGAGGACCAAUGGGUUUCUGUGUGUCAGAAGAGGGAGAAUAUGCACAGCAGUCCAUGGAUGGGGAGUGGAAAGUCUGUUGCAAGAUAAAUCCCUGCAGGCUCCCUUUGCUACUGCCUCCCUCCCAGGAACCUGCAGCUUUUUUAAACUUCUGAGUCCUGCAAAAUAGUUUCAAAGAGGCUGGAUCUGUGAUCCUAGAAAUGAGCUGAGCUGGGGCUCCCAACCUCCAGCACCAUCUGAGGCUGGGGGAGGUCAGCUGAGUUACAGGGGGUUGGGGGGGAGGAGAAAUGGAUGGAUGGGUGUGGGGGGGGGAGAGGGAACCCCCCCCCCAAGUGAGCAGAAAAGACACAGGGGGGAGAAAAGGCAAGAAAGUCUUGAUUGGAAGAAGGGAGGGGAAGAGGACCGAUGUGUUUCUGUGUGUCAGAAGUUGGAGAAUAUGCACAGCAGUCCAUUGCAGAUUUCCUCAUAUGUAAGCUCCACUGAGUUCAACAGGAUAUACUUUCAGGUCACUACUGAGCGUACCAUGCCGGCCUUAAGAAAGAUAGAGGAAGCAGACAGAUUAAUUUGGAAUCACAAAAACAUGUUUUAAAACUGUUGAUGACUGUUGCAGAGGGGAUGUCCAGCGGCAGGAGAAUAUCUAGGGCAGGAGAAUUCCCUGCAGGGCUGCUGAGACUUCCUAUGCUUCUUUUUCCGUCUCAGGAAAAUGCCGCUUGUUUUGCCUUCUGAGCUCCUCAGGAAGGAUGAAAGAGUCUGAUUCUCCUGGUAUGCCUCUCCUGGUAUGCCCCGCAGAAGACCUUAAGGUCCAUGAAUAAUCAUAGUUUGGGCCCUAAGGAAGUCAGAUUAUCCUCCACCAGGGCCAGGGCCUUCUUAGUGAUGGCUCCGACCUGGUGGAAUGCUCUGUCCCAUGAGACCGGGGCCCUGCAGGAUUUAACUUCCUUCUGCGGGGCCUGUAAGACAGAGCUAUUCCACCUGGCUUUCAAUUUGAACUUAGCCUGAUCUUUUAUUCCCCUUCCUUCCCUCCACCUUCCCUUUUUAUGAAGAUUACCCGCUCUGGGAUCCCACAGCUAAUUCUCCCCUGGUCUCCUCGCUGGCCCAAAUAGGACUAAUUUAGCCAGCUAGCCCUGGUGAUCAUCUAAUGUUUAGGUGGAUGGAUUUCCACCUAAAUUGAUUUUUGAAUUCUGAAUUUAUUGUUAUUCACAUUUUAUAAUAAUAAUAAUAAAUUUUAUUUAUAUCCCGCCCUCCCCAGCCGAAGCCGGGCUCAGGGCGGCUAACAACAAUAAAACAAUACAAAAGUACAGCAUAAACAACACUCUAAAAUCAUUCAUUAUAAAAUUCAUUAAUUCAAGCCACUGGCAACCAUUGGGCCAGAGCUCCGCGAAGAUUGCCGAGGGAGGGAGUCAGGCUGUGCCCUGGCCAAGGCCUGGUGGAACAGCUCUGUCUUGCAGGCCCUGCGGAAAGAUGUCAAGUCCUGCAGGGCCCUGGUCUCUUGUGACAGAGUGUUCCACCAGAUCGGAGCCACAGCCGAAAAAGCCCUGGCUCUAGGUGAGGCCAGCCUAACUUCUCUGUGGCCUGGGACCUUCAAGAUGUUUUUAUUUGAAGACCGUAAGUUUCUCUGUGGGGCAUACCAGGAGAGGCGGUCCCGUAGGUACGAGGGUCCUUAUACUGUAUUUUAUGCUGUUUUUUGUUGCAUCAAUUAAGUGUUUUAAAUUUGUUGUUAGCUGCAUUGAGCCCGGUUUUCUGAACCAGGAAGGGUGGAGUAUAAAUAAAAAUUUAUUUAUUUAUUUAUUUAUUUAUUUAUUUGUUUAUUAUUCUGCAAACCUAGCGAGGAUGGAAGGAGGAAGAUGGACGGUUGACCUGGUCAGGCUGUCUCCCACCACCUUUGAAUGUUCCCUCCCAGGACCUUUAGAGAGAUCUGGUGAGUUCCAGGGAAUGGAGAUGGGGACCCCUGGCAAGAAAACAAGGAGGGCUGCAGGGCCAGAGCUCUGGACUGGCAGAGAUUAAAGAUAGGCAGGAAAUGAAUGUUUUCUAAUGGUGACUUGGGCAUAGCCAGGAUUUGGGGGCUGCUGUCUACCAGCUCCAUCUGGUACACAGGCUGAGACCCUACCUGCACACAGACUGUGGUACAUGCUUUGAUUAUCUCCCGCUUGGAUUGCUACAAUGCACUGUAGGUGGUGCUGCCUUUGAAAGUGACUCGGAAACUACAAUUAAUCCAGAAAGCGGCAGCUCAACUGGUGACUGGAAGCAGUUGCCAGGAGCAUAUAACACUGGUCUUAAAGGAUCUACAUUGGCUCAGAGUUUGUUUCUGAGCAUUGUUCAAAGUGUUGGUGAUGACCUUUAAAGCUCUAAACAGUCUUGACCCUGUAGACCUGAAGGAGCAUCUCUAACCCCAGACACUGAGGUCCAGCUCUGGUUCCCUCAUUGCCAGAAGUGAAGGUACAGGGAACCAGGCAGUGGGCCUGCUCAGUGGUGGCACCCUUCAGUUAUCAAGGAGAUAAAGAACUAUGUUACUUUUAGAAGACACCUGAAGGCAGCCGUGAAUUGGGCAGUUUGAUGUUUUAUAUACGCUGUAAGCUGCCCAGCGUGGCUGGGGAAACCCAGCCAGAUGGGCAGGGUAUGAAUAAUAAAAUCACCACCAUCAUCAUCAGAUGUUACAGAAAGUCUCACUAGGAUUGUGAUUUGGAUUACAUUUUUAAUUGUCAUCUUCCCUUAACUUUAGCAGGUGAUGAACACGACAGUCAUUGUUCUUGGGUCUCAUCAGAAAGAAAUAAGCAUGAAGUCAAAGGAAGGACCUUUCAAGAUCAAGAGGAAACAAGACCACAAGAGAAAAAGCAAGAAGAGAUUGGGAGGAAUGAUGGUCUUCUUAUGCAGACUGAUAACGGCCAUCAAAUCCCAGUCCAGAAAAAACAUCAGAAGGGGAAGAGAACAAAUGAGAGACCUUUAUGUGGCAAAACAUUCAAAAGUAAAUCUAGGUUCAAUUCACACUGCAGAAUCCACACAGAGGAGAAACCGUGUAAAUGCUUGGUGUGUGGAAAGAACUUCAGUGACAGCUCUGGCCUAAAAUCACAUGAAAGAAUUCAUGCAGGACAGGAAUCAUAUGGAUGCCUAGAAUGUGGAAAGAGUUUCAAUCGCCAUUCAUACCUUAAAAGACAUCACAAAGUCCACAGUGAGGAGAAACCAUAUGCCUGUCUAGAGUGUGGAAAGGCCUUCACUUACAGCUCAGGCCUUGUAGAUCAUCAAAAAAAUCACACAGGGGAGAAACCGUAUACCUGUUUUGAGUGUGGAAAGGCCUUCACUAGCAGCUCAGGCCUUGUAUAUCAUCAAAGAAUUCACACAGGGGAGAAACCGUAUACCUGUUUUGAGUGUGGAAAGGCCUUCACUAGCAGCUCAAGCCUUGUAUAUCAUCAAAGAAUUCACACAGGGGAGAAGCCGUAUAAAUGUUUGGAGUGCAGAAUGAGCUUCGCUCACGGCUCAAGUCUUACAUUGCAUCAAAGAAUUCACACUGGGGAGAAAUCUUAUAAAUGUUCAGAGUGCGGAAGGAGCUUUGCUCACAGUGGUAGCCUUACUUCACAUAAGAGAACCCACACAGGGGACAAACCAUAUAAAUGCUUGGAAUGUGGAAAGUGCUUCAGCCAGAGUUCACACCUUAGUUCACACAAGAGAACUCAUACUGGUGAGAAGCCGUAUAAAUGCUUUGAGUGUGGGAAGAGCUUUACUCAGAGUUCACACCUUACUGUGCAUGCGCGAAUCCAUACAGGGGAAAAACCAUAUAAAUGUGUGACAUGUGGAAAGAGCUUUAGUAACUGCACAUACCUUGUUUGCCAUCGCAGAAUACAUUCAGAAGAGAAGCCAUAUAAGUGUUUUGAGUGUGGAAAGAGCUUCCGGCAUGAUGCGGGCCUUCGUAUACAUCAGAAAAUUCACAGAGGUGAAAAACCGUAUGCAUGUUUUGAGUGUGGAAAGAGCUUCACUCACAGCUCACAGCUUAAAUGUCAUCAAAGAAUUCACACAGGGGUGAAACCAUAUACCUGUUUUGAGUGUGGAAAGAACUUCAGUCACAGCACAAGCCUUACAUAUCAUCAAAGAAUUCACACAGGGGAGAAACCAUAUAUAUGUUUGGAGUGUGGAAAGAGAUUUGCACAGGGAUCUGCCCUUACUUCUCAUAAAAGAACUCACACAGGGGAGAAACCAUAUAAAUGUUUGGAGUGUGGAAAGAGAUUUGCACAGGGAUCUAAGCUUACUUCUCAUAAAAGAACUCACAUGGGAUAA